GUGUACGGGGGAGUAUAUAUAUGAGUAGUACACAUGACCUUCGUUCUUUCAGUACUUGGAGGCAGCAUUUGUUUUUCUUCCGUCAUCUGUUGAGCAGCAAAGCGAACAACCAUGAGGAAGGAGAUCAUCAUUCGGAUGUAUGUGAACUCGGAGAAAUACCAAACCAAAGCCAUGAAAGUGGCAGCUACGGCUACCGGGGUGGAGUCGGUGACGCUGGCCGGCGGCGACAAGAAUCUGCUGCUGGUGAUCGGCGACGACGUGGACUCCAACAAGCUGACCAAGAGCCUCAAGAAGAAGGUGGGCGCCGCGGAGAUCGUGGAGCUGAGGACGCUCGAUACGUUCGGCGCGUCGUCGCUCCCGCUCCCGGCGGGGACCAAGGGAGCAGUGGCGCCGGGGCGGUCGCCGUACAACGGCUCGCAGCACUACCAGUACGGCGCGGCGCCAGGCCCGUACGCUCACCACCACCACCCGUCGCCGCUGGCCGCGCAAGGCGGCUACGGUUACGGCAGCAGCUACUCGCGCGCGGUGGCGCGCAGCCACCCGGGCAACUACUCGCCGCUGGUCGAGAGGCACGACUACUACCCCAUGGAGCACUCCUCCUCCUCGUCCGGCGGCGGCGGCAGCACCAGCUACAGCUCGGUGCCUCGCCGCGAUAGUGGCUCCGGUGGCUGCUGCAUACAGUAGCAGGCGCCCCCCCCCCAUGGAGCACUCC